UGAGUGUAGUGUUUAAUUGCAGUUACUACGGUUAGAUCGAGAUGGCUAAUCGCUACUUUGUUAGGAAAGUAGUGAUUAAUACAGGUAUACCUUUCUAGUCACUAUAUUUUUGGAGUAAUGUUACCGGUUAUCGAGUAACUACUAUUAUUUAAAACGCUUCGUAUUGUUUAAUCGAAGAUACUUUCAAUCUGUACAGUGAGGUCACUGAAGUUAGUGAUGACGUGGAUGCAUUCACAUGCUACUCCAGUGGAGUGACGAGUGUAUUUCGUACGCCAUGUUUAUCAAUUGUAUAAAAUGUUAACACAAAUCUGGAAUUUACUUCACUUCGGAAAAAACACAGGAUAAAUAGAAAUAAAAUACUGGGAAAAGAUACAUGGGUGGUAGAUAAAUAUUUUCAUAAUUAAAGGAUACAAGAAAGAAGGUGAGAUCCAAUUGAUGAAUUGACUUAGGAUAAUGGGGAUGAUCUUUUUUCUACUCGUGUUGACGUCUUAAUUGUUGAUGAACUAUAAAAGUGGUUUUCUCACAACUAAGUUAUGAUGCAUUCAUGAACUACCAGUAAAAUGACAGAUACAUUUCAUACGCCAUAUUUAUCAAUUCUAUUUAAAAAGUCGGAUGUGGCACGAACGUUUACUUCAGACGACAAAUCGUGAAAUUUCUUCUGUCAAUAAGAAUAUGGAAGGCGCGAUGCUCAUCUUUAAAGUUCCACUUAAAAUAUUGUUUAAUGACGCAUACUUACAGAAAAUGAUUUUAUUUCAAGUGUAAUUCUUCAAGCUUCUUUCAUAUAUAAACAAGUAUUUAUAGAUAAUUUAAAAGUGCAGGAAAAUUCAUUUAUUACUUGUUGCACAUGAAGAUCUGCAUGCGUAGCGUUAUACUCAACUGUUGUGUGUAAGAUGUAAAUAAUUUAAGUUGAAUUACAAAAAUGGCAGAAGCAGCAUCUUCAAGUGACGUUGUUGCAGUUGUUUCUUCAGUUAAUUACAAAGAAAUUGCAAAAGCAAACAACAAAAGGAAGGAAAUUGAAAAUAUAAUGAAGGAGGUUCUAAACGUGGUGAAAUGCAAUGAACAUUUGACAGUGCUGAAGAACUGUACAAAUGUUCACGUAGGAACGAAAAUAGAAAUUAAUUGCGAAGAAUGUAAAAGAAGUAUCUUAAAUAAAGAAGACGAAGAAACAGAUGAAAUCUACAAGAAUUGCUGUCAGAAGUUGAAGAACAAAUACAUAACUUAUUUUUCGUACAUGAGAUCUUUCUUGUGGGAAGGCAAAAGGAACGAUUUUCCGUUAAAGGAUUAUUUCGUAGAAUUAACAGUAGAAAAAGCAGAUUUAUUUGGGAAGGAAAGCGGAGACAAUAUAAGUUUGAAGGAGAUAUUUUCCACAGAAGAAGAUGGUCAUCAAACCAUUCUAGUGACAGGAGAUCCCGGUUAUGGUAAAUCUACUCUGUGCAAGAAAAUCGUAUACGAUUGGGCAUCCGCGAAUUAUCUGCGACACUUUCAUUUAACAUUUAUUGUCAUUUUAAGACAAUUAAAUGAUAGAAGUGUGAAAGAUGCUUUACUCAAUGAAGCGCAUGGACACUCCUCAAUGAAUAACGAUUGGAAAUUUCGCAAUAAAGAAAUGAACAUUUUAGUUAUUUUGGACGGGUUCGAUGAGAUUGUAGAAAAAAGAAAAAUUCUAAAAUUUAUAAGGGAGGAAUCUUUCGAUAUUUCUAGUCGAAUGACAAUCGUGGUUACGAGUCGACCUCAAGCAGCGGAAGACAUCAGAGAGGACAUGAUGAUGAGGUUUUCAAUAAAGGGGUUUACUCCAGAAUAUCAAAAAAAAUAUGUUCAAUUAAUGUUUAUAGAAGACGAAAAUAAAGCCAAUCAACUUUCUUCCUUACUGACACAAAAUCACUUUUACAGAGAAAUAGCAGAAUGUCCUUUAAUGCUUCAUAUGUUGUGUUGCCUUCACUACAGUGGGGAAAUAGAAAAUCUUGAAACAAUAACUGAUUUAUACGUCCGAAUAUUCUCUCUCAUAACUGAACGUUAUGUUAGAAAAACUGACCAGAAAGGUAAGUUUAAAAAAGGGAAAUAUUUUGUGGGAGAAAUUUUACUAGUAAAAUUAGGGCAAUUACACAAAAUAGGAAGAUCGAUUGAAUCAGUUGACUUGGAGGGGUAUUUCAAAAAUAAAGAAGAAUUUAAAUUUAUCAUCGGACUAGACAUUCUUACUCUCGAGUCUUUUUAUGAAGAUGAUAAUAUAACUGUAUAUAGUUUUGUAAAUCGUACAUUUGGCGAAUUUCUCUCAGCGUUUUCAGCAUAUACCGGUUGUCUCUCAUUUUCAUAUAUAACUUAUACUAUAGAGUUUCUAUUCUUAUUGGGAUUUUAUAAAUAUGAUUUGUUUCCUAAAAGAUUCUUACGAGCUCUAGAAAAAAAGAUAUUUACUCCCGAAUUCAUGCUCCAAGUUCACAAACAAAUCAAAUUGAAAAGGAACUGGGAAAAGUUUUGUUCUCAUUCAGAUGUGUAUUGUUUUCCUUCGAAUUUCUCUCAUUUCCAUCAGCUAUUGACGUUGUAUCAAUUUAAAAGGUUGUACAUAUAUUUCACUGACACCGCGAUCGAAUAUGACGAAGUGGAUGAAAUAACGCAUCGCUUGAGCAUUUGCAAGUGUCCAAAUAAUUUUCGAAUUUAUAUUAUUUUAUCCGUUGACGACGAAUGUCUCAUUACUCAAUGUGACAUCAGAGAAUCUGUUUCACGAAUUAUUUAUUUCUGUCAAAAAACCAACGCAAUGAGUUUUGACAUCUUUUUUAUUGGCGUAAAAUUUUAUUAUUGUGAUUCGUACAAAAUAUUCAAGGAUGUAAAUUGCAAUUUGGAUUUAUCUGACGACAAGCGGAAAUUAUUAAAACACGAAAAAUUAGUUGCAUUAGAAACUGGAGACGAUUAUGAAAGUACUGGCAAUUUAUUUAUUUCGUUGGAGCAGUACGAAUAUUUACGUGAUCGUAUCAAAUUAGGGUCAACAAGUAAACAGAACUCAAAGUGUGUGAUGAUGUAAACGUGUAUAAAAUACUGUAUAUGUGUGGUUUUUAAAAUGAAACAAUAGUUGGAACUUUACUUAUAAAAUUACAUGUAUUUUCCGGUUGCGAAUUUCAAUGUAAUAAUAGUAAAGGCUAAAAUACUAGAACGACGUGAGUCGUGUGAUAGAACGUUUUUGUGAGAUUAUAGUUAAGAUAAAUGAGAAAAUAAAUGCAAUAAAGUACGAUGAGUUUGGGUUUUAACUGUUUUUGUUGAACUGAUUUAUGUACACUAAGUUUGCAGUGUUUCAGUGUUGUACACAGUUGUUUUCUGUUCAAAUAAUGCACUAUGUUUUUAAUGACAUAAUAUAUAGUGAAUUGAGUUCUUGUUUCCCUCGGGAUUCUCCUCGGAACGGAAAUGAAAUUUGUAUAGAUCGAUAUACAGUGUAAUAGACAUGAACUUUUGCUAUUGCAAACACUCUAUUUCGAGAUACACUGCUCCUAUAUGAGAUUCGGAAUUAAGUCACGGGGUCAAAUUUGAAACUGGCCGCGAUUUUCUGAGGUUUAAUCAUUUAAUGAUUUUCAGCAAAGCAGUGAAAGACAUUUUGGAAGUUAUUUUGACUUUUUAAAAAAACGUUAUGCUAUGAAAUUUCCACGGAAUUUCGAUUAGACUUAUUUUGCAUGAAAAAGUUACUGUAUAUAUAAUAAAUAUUAACUGUUUGGGUAUAAAUUUCGUUAUUAUAUUUGAAUUUGAGAUUUAUUUUUAUAAAAAGCUUCACUUCCUUUGAAUGUCAUAUUUUUUUCUUUUCUAUUAAUAUAGCUACAAUUUGGCUAUUAAUUAAUGA